AUGAGAGAAAUCCUUCACGUUCAAGGAGGCCAAUGCGGGAACCAAAUCGGCGCCAAGUUUUGGGAAGUCAUCUGCGGCGAGCAUGGCGUGGAUCCCAUGGGAAUGUACCAAGGACAAGGAGAUGGAUCCUCUGAUCUUCAAUUGGAGCGAAUCAAUGUGUAUUACAACGAGGCUUCCGGUGGAAGGUACGUUCCUCGUGCGGUUCUCAUGGAUCUUGAACCCGGUACCAAUAGAUCCAGUCCUUAUGGCCAGAUCUUUAGGCCUGAUAAAGGGUCGAGUAUUGUGAUUGCUUGCAAGAUAUGCCAUUCACUUGGAGGAGGAACAGGCUCUGGGAUGGGAACUCUCUUGAUAUCGAAAAUCAGAGAGGAAUAUCCGGACAGGAUGAUGAUGACAUUCUCUGUUUUCCCUUCACCUAAAGUCUCUGACACCGUGGUGGAGCCUUAUAAUGCAACCCUCUCUGUGCAUCAUUGGAGAUUUGAACCACUUAAUUUCUGGAACCAUGAGUGGCGUAACAUGUUGUCUAAGGUUCCCCGGACAAUUGAACUCCGAUCUUCGGAAGUUGGCUGUGAACUUAAUACCAUUCCCACGUCUUCAUUUCUUUAUGGUUGGGUUUGCACCACUCACAUCCCGUGGUUCUCAGCAAUACAUAUCUCUCACCGUCCCGGAGCUGACACAACAAAUGUGGGAUGCCAAGAACAUGAUGUGUGCUGCUGA